AUGUUCAGACAUCCAUCUCCAACACCGCCGUUUAAUGAUGGUGCUAAUGAUGGUGCAUCUGAAUUUCCCGAAUUUUCAACACAAAUGACUCUUGGUGGCAUGACAGCUGGUGAUGAAGCCACUCCAAAUGAAGAGGAUUCAACUCCUACGAGCAGGAGAAGCCACUUACCAGCAUGGAACACUGAUCAAAAUCUGGUGUUAAUUAGUGGCUCAACCUCUAUAGGAUCGAUUCCCCGUCCAAUAGGUAGGGAUGCAUCUAAAAAAAAGGGUAAAAAGAAGAGCCCAACAGCUGCCUUGGAAGUGAUGCAGAACGAUUGGGCUGGAUACAAACAAGCCAAGCAGGAUGAGGUUGAACAAUUGAAGCAUCUAGCAGCGAUCACGGAAGAGGCUAAUAGAUUGAGGAAAGAGGAGACUGUAGCUAAGAAAAUGAAAUUAUACCUAAAGUUAAGUGAUGAAGAGCAUCUCAGUGACCACAAGAAAGAGAUGUUGAAGCGGUUGUCCGAAGAGCUCUUUGGAAAUUAA